UCUGGCCCGCGCUGCACCGCCCCGUUGCUUCCCUGCCGCAGUGAGCCUUGGAGUCUCCCAGCCGUGGGACUUGGGCGGGCUGGGAUUUGUGCUGGGAAGGCCGCCGGACGUGGAUCGGAGCAGCACUUAGGAGACACGGUGCAGUCGAGCACAGCCACUAUGGGGACGACAGCCCCAGGGCCCAUUCACCUGCUGGAGCUAUGUGACCAGAAGCUCAUGGAGUUUGUCUGCAACGUGGACAAUAAGGACUUGGUGUGGCUGGGGGAGAUAGAGGAGGAGGCUGAGCGCAUGUUCACUAGAGAAUUCAGCAAAGAGCCCGAGCUGAUGCCCAAAACGCCUUCUCAGAAGAACCGUCGGAAGAAGAGACGGAUUUCUUAUGUUCAGGAUGAAAACAGAGACCCCAUCCGGAAAAGGUUGUCCCGCAGAAGGACUCGGAGCAGCCAGCUGAGCUCCCGGCACCUCCGUAGCAAGGACAAGGUGGAGAAGCUGGCCACAGUGGUGGGGGAGAACGGUUCUGUCCUGAGGCGGGUGACCCGUGCCGCGGCUGCAGCCGCGGCGGCCUCUGCGGCGUUGACCGCUCCUUCGCCUAUCCCUGAGUCCCCCACGGUGCUGACCAAGAAGCCUGAGAAUAGCCUGGCUCAGAGCCAGCUGGUGCCCCUGGUGGAGAUUGGUGUCAGCGAGCGCCAGAGUGCCGAGCAGCACCUUGGCCAGCUCCAGUCUGCCCAGGGUCCGGGCCCAACCCCGCCUCCGGACACCGCUCCCGCCUCCCAGAUCACCUUGACCUCAGAUAAGGACUCAACACCUAAGAAGACAGAGGCUGAGAGACUGGAGUCUGUCACCGUGAGCUCCCUGAUGACCACACCCCAGGACUCCAAGGGCCGAGGGUUCGGAGCAGGGCGGUCCGCCUCCAAGCUCAGGAUUGCAGCGGCCUCCCCAGGCCCACAGGACUCGCCUAGCUCUCCAGCCUCCCCGUGGCGGGAGCGCGUGCUGGCUCCCAUCCUGCCGGAUAACUUCUCCACACCCACGGGCUCCCGGGGGGACCGGCGGUCAGUGCGGCGCAGCUUGAUUGCCCCGUCCUCCCCGGGCCCUCAGCUCUCACUGGCCCAGAAAUACUCCAUGAUGGCCAAAGAGGAGAGCACCGUCCAAAGAUCAAGCAGAAGGAUCGCCAAGAAGGCCACCAAAGAGCCGGCCGCCUCCGGCCGCAUCAUCUGCCACAGUUACCUGGAGAGGCUCCUGAAUGUUGAGGUGCCCCAGAAAGUCAGCCCCAAGGCCGAGGAGCCCGGCGAGGAGGCUGAGACUGAGGCAGCGGCUGAGCCGGAGGUCCCCCAGAACGACGGCAGUACCUUGCAGCUCCGCAGUGCCACCAAGAUCACCAUCUGCACACCGGGCCCGCAGCUGGCAGCUGGUGGCCCGGGAACGCCAUCUGAAGGGCAGCAAGAGGCCAGGACUGACCGAGCAGAUGGCCCCAAGGAGCCACCCCAGAGUGUCAGGAGGAAGCGCAGCUACAAGCAGGCGGUGAGUGAGCUGGACGAGGAGCAGCAGCUGGAGGAUGAGGAGCUGCAGCCCCCCAGGAGCAAGACCCCUUCCCCACCCUGUCCCUCCAGCAAGGUGGUGCGGCCCCUCCGGACCUUCCUGCACACGGUGCAGAGGAACCAAAUGCUCAUGACCCCAACCUCGACCCCCCACAGCAGCAUCAUGAAAUCCUUCAUUAAGCGCAACACUCCCCUGCGCAUGGACCCCAAGGAGAAGGAGCGGCAGCGCCUAGAGAACCUGCGGCGGAAGGAAGAGGCCGAGCAGCUCCGCAGGCAGAAGGUGGAGGAGGACAAGCGGCGGCGGCUGGAGGAGGUGAAGCUGAAGCGUGAGGAGCGCCUGCGAAAGGUGCUGCAGGCCCGGGAGCGCGUGGAGCAGAUGAAGGAGGAGAAGAAGAAGCAGAUCGAGCAGAAGUUCGCUCAGAUCGACGAGAAGACGGAGAAGGCCAAGGAGGAGCGGCUGGCUGAGGAGAAGGCCAAGAAAAAGGCGGCGGCCAAGAAGAUGGAGGAGGUGGAGGCGCGCAGGAAGCAGGAGGAGGAGGCGCGGAGGCUCAGGUGGCUGCAACAGGAGGAGGAGGAGCGGCGACACCAGGAGCUGGUGCAGAAGAGGAAGGAGGAGGAGCAGGAGAGGCUGCGGAAGGCAGCCGAGGCCAAGAGGCUGGCGGAGCAGCGCGAGCAGGAGAGGCAGCUGGCGGAGCAGCGCGAGCAGGAGCGGAGAAGGGAGCAGGAGCGGCAGCUGGCAGAGCAGGAGCGGAGGAGGGAGCAGGAGCGGCUCCAGGCCGAGAGGGAACUGCAGGAGAGGGAGAAGGCCCUGCGGCUGCAGAAGGAGCGGCUGCAGAGGGAACUGGAGGAGAAGAAGAAAAAGGAGGAGCAGCAGCGCCUGGCCGAGCAGCGGCUGCAGGAGGAGCAGGAGAAGAAAGCCAAGGAGGCCGCGGCGGCCAGCAAGAGCCUGAACGUGACCGUGGACGUGCAGUCUCCAGCUUGUACCUCAUAUCAGAUGACUCCACAGGGGCACCGGGCCCCACCCAAGAUCAACCCGGAUAACUACGGGAUGGAUCUGAAUAGCGAUGACUCCACUGAUGACGAGGCCCAUCCCCGCAAGCCCAUCCCCAACUGGGCCAGAGGCACCCAGCUCAGCCAGGCCAUCAUCCACCAGUACUACAACCCCCCGAACCUUCUAGAGGUCUUUGGAACCAUCCUCCCACUGGACUUGGAGGACAUCUUCAAGAAGAGCAAGCCCCGCUACCACAAGCGCACCAGCUCCGCCGUCUGGAACUCACCGCCCCUGCAGGGCCCCAGGGUCCCCGGCAGCCUGGCCUACAGCCUGAAGAAGCACUGAGGCAGGCCUGCGGGGCCUCUCGGCUGUCUUGGCCUUUGUCUGUGUCUGUCUGUCCGUGUCCCUGUUGGUCUGGUGGCCUCCUGCCUGGUGUUCUGUUGCGGAGGGUUUGGUCACGUGUAUAUAAAUGUGUUGUGUGUGCUGCAGGUGGAAAGUGGCCCGGGCCCAUUGGGAGGCCAAGCUUGGUGGGUGUUUGGGGAAGAACCAGGCCCAGCCCCGCCUGGUUUGCUGACAGCACUCUGUAAAUAGGUUGUUAUAAUUCAGCUGAAUUUUAGCCUCUGGUGUUUGAGAGCUAGAUUAAUAAAGUCUAUUCCUUCAA